AUGACUAAAAGAAUCAUCCAAAUAAAUCUAAAUAGAUCUCCAAGGGCCCAAGAUCUACUCUCGCAAACUAUGUUGGAUCUGGAUUGCGGACUGGCUUGCGUGUCUGAACCGCAUCGAGUCCCUAACGACCCUAGAUGGGCGAGAUCUUCCGAGCAGACCCCCAUGGCUGCGGUGACGUGGUCGGGUCGUACACCUCCGGAAACCGUUUCCGUCGUAACUCAGGGCGAGGGGUUCGUGGCGGUCUCUUGGGAGGGACUUAUCGUGGUCUCCUGCUACUUCUCGCCGAAUAAGAGCAUCAACCAGUUUAGGAUGUUCUUGGUCGCGCUAGGGGAUGCGGUAGCGGAUUAUACCAAUAAGGCGCUCUUAGUGGUAGGGGACUUUAACGCUCGUUCACAUAUAUGGGAUAAUACGCGUCCGACCAGUCGGGGAGAGACGAUACUCACAUGGGCCUCGACCCGAGAUCUGAGACUGUUAAACAAUAAUUUAGUGCCGACCUGCGUAAGACCACAAGGCAGGUCAGUGGUGGAUCUUUCGUGGGCCUCUCCCGCGGCUCUUAGUAUGGUGAAAUCGUGGGAAGUGAUGGCGGAGGCGGAGACACUCUCCGACCACAGAUAUAUACUCAUGCAAAUCGGCGGCCAGAAACCGUGGGAACGCGGAACGGAAUUAAGCAGUUUUCCAAAAUGGAACAGGAAAAGCCUGAAUGCGGACCGACUCCAAGCCAGCAUUGCGACAUACUUCUGGCCCAGGCAGACGGAAAACACCAGUGCUGAGGAUCUGGCGGCACAGCUACAAGAUGCAAUGUCCCUAGCUUCCGAUGCAGCCAUGCGGCGUUUCAAGAGCAAAGGGAAGAAGGCUGUGUAUUGGUGA